GGUUCCUGCAGGGGGAAGGCAAAGGCGAGUCCGCCUGCGCGUGAGCGAGGCCUUAGUCCAGCCCCGGGGUGGCGGGCGGGCGGCGGGACAGGCUGGGCCGGCAAGCAGCGCCCGGACCCGGACCCGGACCCGGACCCGGGCCCGGCCGCUCUGCGUGCAGCGCCCCCGGCGGGAGGGCGCGGCCAUGCUGCAGUGCGCCGGGCGGCGGCUGAGCCUGCGCGCGCUGGGAAGGCAGAGUCGGGCGCCGCAGCCCGCGCGUGCGGGGCCGCAGAAGAGCGCGUGGGUGCCGCCGGGCGGGAGGAGGCGGGCGCUGCUGGGCGGGGGCGUGUCCGUGCCUUGCAGGUGUGGGGCUAGCGAUCGCGCCGGGGCAGCGGCUGCCGCUCCCCUGCCUUCAGCCCCUCGGCCCCGGGCGGCCAGAGCGCUGUGUUCCGGCGCGCCCCGGCAGGGAGAUGGCGCCCAGUCGGAAGAGCAGGUCGCUGUCGCGGCCUCCCCCCCGGCGCAGGGGCUGGGGAGCCGGAGGAGGCGAGCUUGGGAAAGGGCCCUGUCUCCCCUGGAAAGAGUGAGCCGACUGCUGCCGGAGGAGUUGCUCUCGGGCGAGAUCGGGGACAUACGGCGCGCAGACCAGGGGGAAUCAAGGCAGGAGGACGGCCGUGGAAACAGCGACUCUCAGCCGCCCGCUGCCAGUCGGGCUGCCGCAGCACGGCCGCAGAGGGAUGAAGACCAUGCGCCUGUUGACACCCCUAACACGGCGGCGAAAGAUGGGACUUUCCAAGUCGGGGACUUGAUCGUAGCAGAGUUUCGCAGAAAAACCUACCUGGAGUUUAAACAUAUGCGUAACCUGACAGCUGUCGGGAAAUUGAAUAGCAACUGGGGGGCUAUUAGCCACCUGGAGAUCAUAGGCAAGCUACCGGGCCAAAUGUUUAGGACUUCUAGUGGGUUUCAGUUCCUGAUAAGGAGACCAGCCUUAGAAGAUUUUGUGCUGUUGAUGAAGAGAGGACCUACUAUUUCAUAUCCAAAGGAUAUUAAUGCAAUGCUGAUGAUGAUGGAUAUCAACCAAGGAGACACUGUGGUGGAAACUGGUACUGGGUCUGGUGGUAUGAGCUUGUUUCUGUCAAGAGCAGUUGGGCCUCGAGGACGUGUCAUAAGUUAUGAAAUCAGAAAAGAUCACCAUGCGGUAGCUAAGAAGAAUUACAGGCGCUGGCGUGAUGCAUGGGAAAUAGGACAUGCAGAAGAGUGGCCAGAUAACGUGGAUUUCAUUAAUAAAGAUAUUUUAACAGCUGCUGAGGAUAUGAAAUCUAUAACAUUUGAUGCAGUUGCUUUGGACAUGCUUAACCCUCAGAUAGCUUUGCCUGUUUUGUAUCCACAUCUUAAGCAGGGUGGUGUAUGUGCUGUAUACCUAGCAAAUAUCACACAGGUUAUUGAUCUGUUGGAAGGAAUACGGACCUGCAAUCUCUCUCUCUUAUGUGAAAGGAUCAUUGAGGUGACUCACAAAGAUUGGUUGGUACUCCCUGCUAAGCGGAAGGAUGGCAGGUUAGCCCCAAGAGUGGAACCUCCACAAAUUAUAGAUGAGGAACCUCAACGAAAAGGUGAAGAACUUCCUAUUCAGGAUCAAGCAGUAGUUGGAGAAAAUGAUAUUGCAGAAUCACUUUCUGAUUAUGUCGAACCAUAUGGUUCAGUGCCUUACAUUGCUAGACCUUACCCUUGGCAAGCUGGUCACACAGCAUUUCUCAUCAAGAUGAGGAAAUAUAAAGUGGCAUAUCCAGACACUGCUCCAGAUGGCAGCUGCUAAUUUGAGUACUGUACUUUGCCAGAAUAAAAUUAAAUGUUGUAAAUGGCUGUUGAA